UGGCACAGAGCCUGGGAGACGCCUGUGGCAGCGAGCGGAGUAACUGUCAAAUGCAAGGUUUCUUUAAUAAGAGCUAUCAGUCCUGCUCUGAGAGACAUGGCGACCACAGCGUCUAACCACUACAGCAUCCUCACCUCCAGCGCCUCCGUCGUGCACUCGGAGCCCGGAAACAUGCAGCAAGGCACGCCGUACAGGGACGCGCAGACCCUGUUGCAGAACGACUACACACUGCAGAGCAACAGUCACCCGCUCAGCCACGCGCACCAGUGGAUAACAGCGCUGUCUCACGGGGAGGGCGCCCCGUGGUCGAGCAGUCCCCUUGGCGAGCAGGACAUCAAGCCCUCGGUGCAGGGCACGAGGGACGACAUGCACAACUCCCCCAACCUCCAGCACCAGCAGCGUCCACCACACCUGGUGCAUGCGCCGCACGGGAACCACCACGACGCCCGAGCCUGGAGGACAACCACCGCGGCUCACAUACCGACCAUGGCAACUUCUAACGGACAGAGUCUGAUUUAUUCUCAGCCCGGGUUUGGUGUGAACGGACUGAUUCCAGGUAGCGGACAGGGAAUGCACCACCACAACCUGAGAGACGCACACGAGGAGCAUCACAGCCCGCAUCUCAGCGACCACGGACACCCGCCGUCCCAGCAGCACCAGCAAAACCAUCACGACCACUCGGACGAAGACACGCCGACCUCCGAUGAUUUGGAGCAGUUCGCCAAGCAGUUUAAACAGCGAAGGAUCAAGCUGGGCUUCACGCAGGCAGACGUGGGUCUCGCCCUGGGGACGCUCUAUGGAAACGUGUUCUCCCAGACCACCAUCUGUAGGUUUGAGGCCCUGCAGCUCAGCUUCAAGAACAUGUGCAAGCUGAAGCCUCUGUUGAACAAGUGGCUGGAGGAGGCGGACUCGACCUCGGGCAGUCCCACUAGCUUGGAUAAAAUUGCUGCCCAAGGAAGGAAAAGGAAAAAACGGACCUCCAUCGAGGUAAGCGUAAAAGGGGCUUUGGAGAGUCAUUUCUUAAAGUGCCCAAAACCCGCGGCCUCAGAGAUUACGUCCUUGGCGGACAGCCUGCAGCUGGAGAAGGAGGUGGUCAGGGUUUGGUUCUGUAACCGGAGACAGAAGGAGAAACGGAUGACUCCUCCCGGUGGACCGCUCCCUGGGACCGAAGAUGUGUACGGGGACACGCCGCCACAUCACGGAGUCCAAACGCCGGUCCAAUGAACAGCUGUUUUUAUUUAUCCUGAACAUUAUAUAUAAACCACUGGACUAUAUUGAUAGAGGGUGUUUUAUAGUUGACAGAGAGGAGAGUAAGAGAGUUCUCACACAAGAUCUGCUUUGAAUAUCGUUGAAAACUGAAUAGCAAUGGAGAUUACGUUUUCUUCACGAGCUGUAAGAGAGCAUAGUAGGCUCUGUUUUUCGAGGAUAUGCCUAUGUGAUUCGACGCAGUUUUUAGGUGUAGCCCUAUUGUGGAUUGAAAAAAACACUUGACCUGAAGGGAAUCCUGAUUCAAAAGCUUCUUAACUUGACGGUUUACAUUGUCGACUUUUCUAGUGUAUUGAAUCUGUAAGGGUGAUCCCCAAUUCCAGUUGUGUUCUGGACGUGUGCAUCCUGCAGAGAGCCCUAUAGACCUGUAACUCCAGCUGUCCCAAACACUCAGCACUGCCAUUUAUCACCCAGUUAUGUUUGACAUUCAGCAUUGUUGUUGGGUGUUCCAUUUAAUUAUAAGGUAGCUGCUAGUUAGCCCUUUAUUAUGAUCAAUUAUUGCGUGAUAGGCCUACGUUAUUAUUAUUUUAUUGUUAUUGUUGUUAUUAUUAUUAUUAUUAUUAUUAUUAUUAUUGUUGUUGUUGUUAUUAUUAUUAUUGUCAUCGUUAUUAUCAAGCCAAUAUUAAACGCAGCUAUACUAAACUAGAAUAAUUUCGUUCGGCUGUAGGGAGUUUUUAUAUUCUGGACCAUCAACCUCCUCUCUUGCAGUGAUAUAGGAGCACGUGCAGUUCUAAACACAAAAGGCUGCCAACAGUGAGCCUCGCGCCAUGCAGGCAGGUCACGGAAGGGCUACGUGGCGACGAAAACCUGGCACUUUUCUCAAAAAGAAAUACAGCAAGUUCCACAGAACAUUGUGAACUAUUUUGUAUAUAAUGUAAAACAUGACAUCAUGGCUUAUUCUCACUGGGGCACUUUUUUCUUUCAAUGUUUUAAACCAAACAAGCUAUAGCAGUUUAUUUUUUUAUUCCAAAUGAUUUGGCACAAUAUUAUUAUAUUUCUUAUGUUUCUAUUUAAAGCUAUUUGUCACUGGAAUUAUUAUUGUUUACAAUGUAGCCUAAUGUUUUGCAUAUACAUGUACAGGCUACAUUUUGUUCAUGAAUUGUUUUUCAUAGGCCUCGAUAUUUUAAUUCGCUGUUAUAGUGAUAGGGUCGCUGUCAAUAUAAUUACAAUCAAACAUGUGCUUUAAAGACGAAUUAAGAUUAAUUUGGUAAUUGUGUUUUAAAUGAUUGGCCACUAAACUAUGAAUCAUACCAUAUUGGCAGAGAGGCGAUAUUUUCGCUGCAAUAUAUUCUAUUUAAAAGAUAUAUAUGUUUUUAAAUUCCUUUAAAAAGGAAAAAGAUAUUCAGAUAUCAUUUAUUGAUUAAUAUAAACAAAUGUUUCUAAACCUCCGAAACGUCAUUAUUAUUAUUAGUUUCAAUAUUAUUGGCUGAAUUAUUAGUUUGUUUAUUUUUGUCCUUUGGCCAUCUUCCAACCUUGUUUUUGGUAUGGCUGAUAUAUCCCAGAUUUGAUUGGGUGUCUUGUAAUCAAGGUUGUAAUUUAUUAUGAUACAAAGAUGUAAAUUAUACAAAGUAGCCUACGAGAGAUAAACCACAGUGGCAUGGAGAAGGCUAUUGAGGGACAUCUUUUUUUCAGCGAAUUGUCAUAACCAUCACCGUCACUGCUAAGUGUAUAUACAUAUUUUCUGAUAACCGUUAGAUUUGUUUGUAGCUUUGCUUUAUUUAAUGCAAAAUAAUAUCCAGGGACACGUGACCUCUCUCCGAAGCAACCUUCUCAGUCUUUCUUUGGAAGAAAAGAAACGUCAGAAACGUCAGUCAUGACUUGGAGAAUCUCCUGUAGCUUUAAGUAAUCCGUCAAUCCUACAAUUCAUUUAAAAUCAAGAAGUGGGAUGAUUUGAUUUGAUGUCAUUUCUUUUCAUGUGUUUAUUUUUUAUUAUUAUGAUUUUGUAUUUUGUUUGUCACAUUUUCUGGUCUGAGUGAACAAUGGGCUCAGUCACACGCGCAGAGAUGGUGAUAGAAAUAUGUUUAGGUAUUUCAUAACUUGGUAUUAUGAACAAAGACUUGCACAUUUUUA